AUGAAGUUAUGGCCCGAUAUCAUCAAGCAAUUAGCAUCUGAACAUCCUGAAGUGCGUAAAGGAACUGCUUGGGUCUGUGGUACUGCUGUUCAGAAUAAUCCGGAAGCGCAAAAAGCCUUUUUGGAUAAUCAAGGCCUAGAACCGUUAUUGAAGUUAUUGAAAGAUGAGAACAAAGAAGUUCGUAGUAAGGCUCUAUAUGCAGUCUCUGGUUUUCUGAAGCAUUUCGCGCCUGGCGUAGCUGCCUUUGAUCAAUUGAAUGGUUUCACCACCCUUCAUGAUAUGCUUAAAGAUCCUGAAAUAGACCCCAACAUGUUGAGAAAAGUUGUAUUUCUGUAUAACAGUUUAAUUUUUGACGAUCAAUCGAUUGGUUUGACGCAACGCUUUUUGGAAGACGGUACAUUUGAAGAUUUACAAAAGGUCUUGGUGAAAUAUACAAAGGAGCAAGACGAUGAAGAUAUGGUGGAGAAAACACUAAGAACCAUCCAUACAUUGGUUACAAAGGCAAAGAUGAGAGUGCCGGAUGAAUUGAAACAGCAUUGUAAAGAUGCUCGCGAUAAGUAUGGAGCAGAUAACCUUGCAUUAGUAGAAGAUGAAUGGAAAGAUUUAUUGUAA